ACAGACAAUAGAAUGGAGGGUGGAACUGAAAGUAUAGCAUGUAAUUACAACGUAGAUCACUUAGCAACGUCUGACAUAAAACACAACGAAAAACGAUGGCUGGCUUGUGGUUUUAAUCAGUUUGGUCAGUUAAGCAAAUUUCAUGACGAACGGAUAAUACGAUAUUUUAAAGAAAUUGAUGUCAGAGCCACACACUUAAUAUCUUCAUGGAGCUAUGUGGCGGCCGCCAAUGGAUGCUCCCUACAAAUAAGGGGUUUAAUUAACAGCCGAACAAAAAGUGAGAAACUUAUAAAAGCUGAAAAUGAAAUAAAAUGUUUAGCUGGUUGUGAUAGAUACUGCUUAAUUUUAUUAAAUAACGGGACGGUAUAUAAAUAUGGAAUUCAGUGCGAAGAUGGUUUGAAAGAAGUCAUAUUCCAAAGCAAUGAGAGUUUUACACCAAAAAAUAAAUCUAUCUUUGGAAAGACGACAUCAGCCUGCGCUUCAAAAGUUAAAAUAGAGAAAAUAGCGUGUGGCAACAAUAUUAUGAUAGCUUUAGGCUUGUCUAAUGAAGUAUUUACAGGCACUACCCAGGUGCAUUGUUUUCCUAAGCACGUUAGGUCCAAACAAUUGGUAUGUGGUUUUGAACAUGCCCUGAUGUUGACUCACAAUGGAGAUAUUUACGCAUGGGGUAAUGGAUUACGAGGUCAAUUGGGACUGGGUGUUAUAGGAGUUGAGGAGAAACCCGUACUCAUAGAAGCAAUAGCAGGAAUAAAGAUAAUAUGCAUAGCAGCAGCAGGAUGGCACAGUGCUGCCAUAUCAGCAUUCGGUGAUAUUUACACAUGGGGAUUCAAUUCGAAUGGUCAACUUGGAAUAAAAAUGUAUAAGAAUUGUACAAUUAAAGAACCCGCCAUAUACGUCGUGCCACAAGUAGUUGAUAUAAUGGAAUUAACAUGUUGCGACAACAAGGAACAAGAUUGUUUUCCAACUAAAAUAGCAACUGGAGCCAGACAUACAAUGGUGGAAAUGAAUUGUGGUGCUGUAUAUGCUGCAGGUUGGAAUGCAUAUGGGCAGUUGGGUUUACCAAACAACGAGUUAUAUACUGAUCAUUUUCAAUAUGUGCUAAAAUUCAAAAAUUGUAAAGACAAUGUGGAGAUUGUAAGUGGGUCAUGGAAUACAUUGAUUGGAACGCGUGAGUCAAGCAAAAGGGAAAUUAAUGAGAAUAUAUAGUAGAUUUAUAGCCUGUUCACCAAA